UCUCUCUCUUUCUCACCGCCCAGCGCUGUCCUUUUUUGUAGCGACGGAUAGCACAUUGCCAUGAGUACGUCUCCCCCAGGGCUCGGCAGAAGAUAAGAGCAGCAAAGGCAAAGCAGCAGAAUCAGGGUUCAGACUCGUUUUUUAUCUCUCUCCCUCUCUCUCUCUCUCUCUCUUUCUUUCUUUCUCAGUCGUGGCGCCACGUUUUCUUUUUAAAAAAAAACAAAAAAAACAAAACAUUUUAAUCAGAUUUCCCCGAUGAGCUCUCUUCUGCACGAGGCCAGCCGCGUCCGCAGAUCGAGCUGAAGCAGACGGGAGGAGGAGGAGGAGGAGGUGGAGGAGGAAGCUCCAGAGGCGUCCAACAAGCGGCGAACCGUAGAGUCGGUAGAUCGAUCCAGAAAAGACCACGAGAUCACGCGAGACCACACGAGAUCACGCGAGAUCAGGCGACGCAGCUGGCGGCUUACGUAACCCGCUUCCCGCGCUGAAACUGGAGCAGAGGACCACGUGACCCGGCGCUCGAGUCCACGAACGGCACGUUAAAAAGCGCGUUCCUUCACGGCGAGGGCCCUGCGAAUGCCCUGGUCGCCGAGCAGGAGUCGUUCCGUCGUUGCAUCAGACGAAGGGCAGCGUGGACAGACUGACUGGGCUCUGGAACACCUCUGGGAAAAGGACGGAGGAUUUGAGACCGAUGAAAGACGCAGAUACCCCGACGUGAACCAGUACCACUGUAGGACAGAGGAAGGAAGUGGAGGCCACACCCAGUUAGCCGAUACUAACUGAAGACUGAAGGCUACUACUGUUCGGACCAGCCAUCUGCAUUGAAUUAAAGCUUCUGCCUGAUUGGCCGGUACAACCAUGAGCGAGAGGAAGAGGGAAGCGAUGGUGGGACCCCCGUCCCCCACCACGGCCCCCACCUUCACCCCCAACGCCACCGAGGCCGCUGGCACGGGGGGCACCGAGCCUAAGGACGAGGCCUUCUCCAAGCUGAAGAACAAGUUCAUGAACGAGCUCAACAAGAUCCCGCUGCCGUCAUGGGCCAUCAUCGCCAUCGCCUUCGUCGCCGUCCUCCUCAUCCUCACCUGCUGCUUCUGCAUCUGCAAGAAGUGCAUCUUCAAGAAGAAGAACAAGAAGAAGGGCAAGGAAAAGGGCGGGAAGAACGCCAUCAACAUGAAGGACGUCAAAGACGGAGGGAAGCUCGAGGCCUUGAAGGAUGAUGAUGAUGAUGAUGCUGAGACAGGGCUGACCGACACCGAGAAAGAGGCCGAGCCCAAGGAACAAGAGAAACUGGGCAAAUUACAGUUCUCCCUGGAUUACAAUUUCACCGAGAACCAGCUCAUCGUGGGGAUCAUCCAAGCGGCGGAGCUGCCCGCCAUGGACAUGGGCGGCACCUCGGACCCCUACGUCAAGGUGUACCUGCUGCCCGACAAGAAGAAGAAGUUCGAGACCAAGGUGCACCGGAAGACCCUCAACCCCAGCUUUAACGAGCAGUUCAUCUUCAAGGUGCCGUACACCGAGCUUGGCGGCAAGACCCUGGUGAUGACGGUGUACGACUUCGACCGCUUCUCCAAGCACGACGCCAUCGGCGACGUCAAGGUGCCCAUGAACAAGGUGGACUUCAGUCACGUGACCGAGGAGUGGCGGGACCUGGUCAGCGCCGAGAAGGAGGAGCAAGAGAAGCUCGGAGACAUCUGCUUCUCCCUGCGCUACGUGCCAACCGCUGGCAAACUGACCGUGGUCAUUCUGGAGGCCAAGAACCUGAAGAAGAUGGACGUGGGCGGCCUAUCGGAUCCCUAUGUUAAAAUCCACCUGAUGCAGAACGGGAAGCGUCUGAAGAAGAAAAAGACGACAAUCAAGAAGAACACGCUCAACCCCUACUACAACGAGUCCUUCAGCUUCGAAGUGCCGUUCGAGCAAAUCCAGAAAGUGCAAGUGGUUGUGACUGUUCUGGACUAUGAUAAGAUCGGCAAGAACGAUGCCAUCGGCAAGGUGUUCGUGGGGCUCAACAGUUCGGGCACUGAGCUACGGCAUUGGUCAGACAUGCUGGCCAAUCCCCGGAGACCCAUCGCCCAGUGGCACGUGUUGAAACCCGAGGAGGAAGUCGACGCCCAGCUCAGCUCCAAGAAAUAAGAGGGGUGGGGGGGGGGGACGCCUUUCGACACUUGCCCGUGUAAUGCUCUUUAGCCAGUAUGUGUAAAUACCUCAGUGAUAUGUGGGUCCAUUCAUUUCCACCUCCCCCUCCCUAGCACCCCCCCGCCCCCUUCCCCCCAAAGCCUACCAGACUACAGCCCCGCCUCGCGUGUUUUUACAAACAUUAAAAGGUACUUCCCCGAGCCUCCCUCAGAUUUGCAUUAACGUUUUCAGGUGUAGAGGCCCUAUUUAACUCCCUCCUCCAAUCACACCUCUGCGAUUUCCCUAAUCCCGCCCCCUUCUCUCAUCCCCGGCCCCGCCCCUAAACGUCCCCCUUCUUUUAAGCAAUAUGACCUGUAUAGAUAGCGCAUGAUUGAAAUUAUUUAUUGUACCAACACAGUUGUAUAUAUCGGUAUGCAGACAAAAUGAUUUCUAGUUUAUGUGUUUGUAUGUUGUUUAGCGUUUCCUAAUCUGUGUAUAUCUAGAUGUUUUUAAUAAGAUGUUCUAUUUUAAAAGAUGUAAAUGGAGAUAUAGGAGAGCUGAUAUUAUAUAUAUUACAGGAUUCAAAAUUCUAUCUUACUGCAUUCCGGAAAAAAGAAAUUCCAACCUGCAAGAUGCUAGUGGAGGUUUACUCACAUUGUAAAGGAUGGUGUCAGCCUGUAUGUUUACCUUACCGACAUUAAACAGAUAAAAUAAAAACAAAACAAAAGAGGUAGAAAACAAGGCCAUUAACUAAUAUGGUUACAUGGAAAAUAUGCUGCUGAAAAAUAUAUAAGCACAUGAUUUCUUAUGACUUUUUAUACACAUUUUUUUUGAUUGAGGACCCAUGAGUUUAGCUUUUCAAACGGAUGACUUUCCGAGAAUUUCUAAAUGGUGCCAGCCAAAUUCUUUCUUAUCAUUUUAAGGCUAGGUUUUACUUGUGACGCAGUGGGUUACUUUUUUACAAAGAACAGUUCCUUAUUUUAAGGGAAUUCUCUCCCCAAAAUGGUCUUCAUUUUUAAAUCAGUUGGUCCUCGUCUACUCUGUACGUUGCCCUCUUCACCAAGAACAAGAAUAGAAACCUUCCAAUGUAAAACCAAGCUGUAACCAUUGUGUCCUUUAACUUUGAUUAACAAUAUAUUGCUAAUCGCUUACUUCCAGUAACCUUGUUGUUGAUAUUUUUUGGCUUCCAACAAGGGGGAGAACGUUUCAAUUAGCUUUAAAAGUAAUAUUUUUUUAGCUGAUAUCAGUAUCUGAAAAAAUUCUUUUAGUAACUGCAUGAUUUUUUUAUUAUUAUUUUUUACAAUCUUAGCUAAAAGCUAGGUUAGGAGGAGUUAUGCUCACAUUGGGGGUCCCAGUAAGACCUCCUUGCCUUCAACUAAAAGAUAUACAGAAAAACUACUGUUACAGUUAGCUGACAUUAAGGAAAGUAGUUAAUUGGGUUAGAGCAGUUUGAUACUGUGUUUCACAAAUGAAAAGGUGAUUUGAGUUGACACACACUGCCAUCUUCAGGGAGGUAAACAAAUGCAAAACAUAACCUUAGUUGGCGCGUCUUUAUUUUCGCUACUGGUCUUUGGUUGUGCCAGUGCCCUGAAUAGCAGACGUUGCUUUAUAUUGCCUUCUCACAGUGACAAUAGAGCUAGCCGAGUUAUACUGCCAAUUUCAUUUUCCUCUGGGCUGCUUUUUUGCACUGUAGUUCUGUCGAAUAACAAUAGCCAGUUGCUGUCAUUCCGGUUCUUUGGGAUGUCGGAAUCACAGCUGUGUUAAGUCCCAGCUACAGAUAGAAAUAUUUUGGAGGGAAUUAUGUAUAAACAGCGAAUGGGUGAUGUUCUGUUCAGUGGAGUCAAUGGUAUCCAGCUGGCCCGUUUUAUAGCGUGAUAAAAACUCAUAGAACAGUGAAGGGGGGGGGGGGGGGGGGACAAACAAAACAAACAGAAACCGUACAAGUUAAUGGUCUUAGAAAAUGAAAACAUUAGUCCAUGUGUCCUCUACUACGGGUUAUAUACAAGAGGCGUAAAGUGAAAGGUUUUAGUCAAUUUAAAAAAAACAUUUCUCUCAUCUUUGAGGAACCUCUUGUGUGUUCUAGAUGCUAGCGUCAGGGGAGUUUGUAAGUGUUCUCAAUGUUAUUAUGUAGUUAAUAGCACUAUUAUAAAGCUAUUGGUCAUUCCAUACGAGUCUGUAUACGGACUGCUUUGUGUAUCACUGUGACUGCCGUGCGUGCUUAGAAAUGUAGAGUUCUCGGUAGAUAGCGACCAGUUUAUUCUGUAGUGAUAUUGUAGUAAUACUGCCAUUUUCCUUCUACUGCACUGAUGAAAGUGUGCGUAGCGUCGGCAAGUUCCAGCAACUGUGGACCAAUCAGGAACUGACGGGCUAUUGCACGUGAGAUGGGAGAGAGAGAGAGAGUUUCGAACGCGAGCGGGUGGAUUCACACAGCAUUUUGUUGAGCACUGUGCAAUACUGUAUGUUCAUCCCCAUAGUGUUACGCGGGUGGCGUUGCCCAAGAAAGAUAAUUCCCGUUAUGCCAGAUAUAUUUCCUUUUCCAAAAAACCCACGGUUAGGACACAGCACACGUAGAGUCUAUGUAGGUUAGACAUGAACACAUUCCUCGUCUUCUCUCCUCUGUUUGGGUUCCUCGUUCCUGCUUUUCGUUUCUCUCCCACACAGAUCCAACACUAGAAUAUCAGGAAACGCAUUCGGAAAUACCAAAACAUGAGACGAAAACCCACAACAAGUGUAUAUAUUUUUAUAUUUGUCCAGACAUGGCUGAAACUAUCGUCAUUAAAAAUGAACACUAUUAUGCUAACUGAAAUUAUUGAGAACCAUAAUGAACUACGAUGUAUGUAUUGCUUUUAUGAAAACCUGUUGUACUAUUGUUUGUAAUGAUGAUGACUGAU